GUGUCUUCUAGUUAGCAUCCUUCCGUCAUGGCGUCUUCUAGGACUAUCGCUCGUGUUAACUUGCACCUUUUUACUGUUCUCUUGCUGCUGGCUCUAUGUCUGCCGUUCGGAGGAGGGCAGAAGAAGAAAGAGAACUUGCUGUCUGAGAAGGUUGAACAGAUGAUGGAGUGGUCUUCUCGGCGCUCGGUUAUCCGGAUGAAUGGGGACAAGUUCCGCCGUUUCGUCAAGGCCCCACCCAGGAACUACUCUGUUAUCGUCAUGUUCACCGCUUUGCAGCCUCAACGGCAGUGUUCUGUCUGCAGACAAGCAAAUGAAGAAUACCAGGUUUUGGCAAACUCCUGGCGUUAUUCAUCUGCAUUUUCCAACAAGCUCUUCUUCACGGUUGUGGACUACGAUGAAGGAGCUGAUGUCUUCCAACAGUUGAAUAUGAAUAGCGCUCCAACUUUCAUGCACUUCCCUGCAAAGGGAAAACCUAAGAGGGCUGAUACGUUUGACCUGCAGAGGAUCGGAUUUGCCUCAGAGCAGCUGGCCAAGUGGAUUGCUGAUCGUACAGAUGUUCAGAUCCGUGUCUUCCGUCCUCCAAAUUAUUCUGGAACUAUUGCUUUGGCUCUUUUGGUGUCUUUGGUUGGAGGUUUACUGUAUCUGAGGAGAAACAACUUGGAAUUCAUAUAUAACAAGACUGGAUGGGCCAUGGCUGCAUUGUGUGUGGUCUUUGCAAUGACGUCCGGACAGAUGUGGAAUCACAUUCGAGGCCCUCCAUACGCCCACAAAAAUCCACAGAAUGGACAAGUGAGUUACAUCCAUGGCAGCAGCCAGGCUCAGUUUGUGGCUGAAUCUCACAUCAUCCUUCUUCUGAAUGCUGCGAUCACCAUGGGAAUGGUUCUGCUCAACGAAGCUGCCACGUCUAAGGGAGAUGUUGGCAAGAGAAGGAUCAUCUGCCUAGUUGGCCUUGGGCUGGUGGUGUUUUUCUUCAGCUUCCUGCUGUCCAUCUUCCGGUCCAAGUACCACGGGUACCCCUACAGCUUCCUUAUUAAGUAAAAUGCAGACUGAAGAGGAGGUCAGAGGAAGAUGAAGAAUCUGUUUGGGAUGGAGAAGGGCGAAGAAACCAGGAAACGUCACUGUAGGGUGGGCUUUGUGGGAUUUCUCUUUGGUGUAUUGCUUCUUACCUACUGUUGUUUUAAGUGUGGAAAGAUAUGUACUUUCUUUUUAAUGUGGAAAUAAAGGUAUUUGGCACGUCUGCAUUUUUCUUCAUGUUUUGUCUGUGGAUAAACUUUCUGAGUUCAGUCAGUGUAGAUGGAAGCUAAGGUAAUUUUACAUUUCCAAUGAAUUCAUUAAAGCAUAUUUCUAACAACUGGUCCACAUUUAAAUCUCACAGCAAAUACUUUGAGGUUUUAAAGCAGAGAAGUUUAUAAACUGGUGGGAAAAUGUCUUUAAAUAAAAAUUGUAUAAAUACUCGA